GUCUUCUUUUUUUUUUUUUUUUUUUUUUUUUGGUUCUUUUUUUUCGGAGCUGGGGACCGAACCCAGGGCCUUGCGCUUCCUAGGUAAGCGCUCUACCACUGAGCUAAAUCCCCAGCCCCCAAUCCUGUUGUCUUCUUACAGGUAUGAAAAUGCUAUUGCGGUUGUGAAACCCAGCAUAUUUCUUCCUAGAAGGGCCAGCUAAAUGAUUUAAGUAUUAUCGUGCCUGAAAUUUAUUCAAAGGGCAUGAAAAUGCAGACCCAUUUUUUGUGUAUAUGAAAUGUGUUCACAGUGACUGAUGAAUAAAGGCAAGAAAUGACAGGCAAGGAUGCUCAGAGGUGCACCGAAGCAGCAAUUGCAGUCUGUCCUUUGGGUUUGAGUGUGUAGUGCUGUCCGCUGCCCUUUUUAAAUUUGACGAUGCAUCCCAAGAAUUAUUCAGCGGCACCCAAGCGCAAAAGAGCUGUUAAGCAUACUAAACUUAAAACCAGCAAAAGAAAAAAAGUUACAACUGCAAGCUACCCUGAGGAAAUAAAGUAUACAGUGACACAGUGUUCCUCAGUAUUAUAUAGGUAUAGUCACUCUCUAAAUAUAUUAUAGUUUGGUUUGCAUAUUCUUAUCAUAUCUGUAUUAAUACCUGGGUUUUCUUCUUUUUUUUUCUUUUCGCCAAAUCUCAGUUCUGGUCUAUGACUAUAUCCCACCUUCAGAGUACUUUUCUUUUUAAAUUGUCAACCCAUCUACUUACCAUCAAAUUUUAUAUGACUUUGCAAGUUAUUUCUUGGAAUAAUUUUAACCAGUUAAGAAUUUCAGAAUUGCAAUUUUGUGUUUUCAUCUUAUCCAGAGAUUUCAAAAAGCCAGACAUCUAGAACAUUAUAUGCCAAAGGCUGACGUAAUUUUAAGUGUAACUGAGUACACAAGGUAGUGGAGCCAUGUAUACUCAGUACUUACUGUGGAUAUCUAUAAUUAGUGCCUCUGUAACCGAGCUCUUUAGUCAGAUUGUCAGUGCUGUUCUACAAAGUGGGCCCUGACAGGCACAUUGGUUAACCAGAUUCUUCUGGUUUAGCAACUGUCUCUGGUGUCCAGGAAUGAGCUCACGUGAUUUGGAAGAAUCGGAGCCAAUAUGGUCAGAGGGUUGUACAGUAUCAGUUCUGUUCGCUGCGCCGACUUUACCAAGAUGGCCUCGAGGCCUCUGCGCCUCCGUCCGCGGGGACAGCCAUCUUGGUAAAGGCCAGGCAGCGGGUGGCGCGGGAAAUGACCCGGCUGCAGCCUAGGACCGCAUAGUCAGAGACGACCGCCGCCACCAAAAAUGGGAAGGCGGCGCGCGCUAACCCGCUGCGUGCAGCUGUUACUGUCCUCGGCGGAGCUGGGGCGGCGGGGACGAGGGCGGCGGAACCCGGGCGUAGGGCGUGGCGGCAAAGGUAGCAGCUCCCAGGCCCGCCGGACCACAGGGCCCAGGCCCUCCGGUGAGGAGACGCAGCGCAGCGUGCGUCCGCCCGCCUUCCGCUCAAGCUUCCCACGGAAAGACAUGGAUGAAAAUGAGAACAGCCAGUCUCCAGCGCCAAGCCAUCAGUAUCCAAAAGAAACACUGAGGAAGCGUCAGAAUUCAGUGCAGAAUUCAGGAGGAAGCGAGUCUUCCAGGCUCUCCAGGAAAAGCUUCAAGCUGGACUACAGACUGGAGGAGGACGUAACCAAAUCAAAGAAAGGAAAAGACGGGAGAUUUGUGAACCCAUGGCCAACGUGGAAGAACGUCUCUAUCCCAAACGUGCUCAGAUGGCUGAUAAUGGAGAAAGAUCACAGCAGUGUCCCGGGUUCCAAAGAGGAGCUUGACAAAGAACUCCCAGUGCUUAAGCCUUAUUUUAUCAGUGACCCGGAAGAAGCUGGAGUGAGAGAGGCUGGCCUACGAGUCACGUGGCUGGGACACGCGACGCUGAUGGUGGAAAUGGACGAGCUCAUCCUCCUCACGGAUCCCAUGUUCAGCUCUCGAGCCUCUCCCUCGCAGUACAUGGGUCCGAAGCGGUUCCGCCGUCCCCCGUGUACCAUAAGCGAACUGCCCCCAAUAGAUGCUGUCCUCAUUAGUCACAACCACUACGACCACCUGGACUACGGCUCUGUCCUGGCUCUGAAUGAACGGUUUGGCAGUGAGCUGAGGUGGUUCGUGCCGCUGGGCCUUCUCGACUGGAUGCAGAAGUGUGGCUGUGAGAACGUGAUUGAGCUCGACUGGUGGGAGGAGAAUUGCGUCCCUGGCCAUGAUAAGGUCACCUUCGUUUUCACGCCCUCCCAACAUUGGUGUAAAAGGACCCUCCUGGAUGACAACAAGGUUCUGUGGGGCAGCUGGUCUGUGCUAGGGCCUUGGAAUCGGUUCUUUUUCGCUGGGGAUACUGGUUACUGCCCUGCUUUUGAAGAGAUUGGAAAAAGGUUUGGUCCUUUUGACCUCGCGGCUAUUCCCAUUGGAGCUUAUGAGCCAAGGUGGUUUAUGAAAUACCAACAUGCUGACCCAGAGGAUGCUGUAAGGAUUCACAUUGACGUUCAAGCCAAGAGAUCCGUGGCGAUUCACUGGGGGACUUUUGCCUUAGCUAAUGAGCAUUACUUAGAGCCGCCGGUGAAACUGAAUGAAGCUCUAGAGAGAUAUGGACUCAAGAGUGAAGACUUCUUCAUCCUGAAGCACGGAGAGUCACGAUACUUGAAUACCGAUGAUAAAGCCUUUGAGGAAACAUGAAAGUCGGAAUUAUCAGUGGAAGCAUGAAAAGACUAAGAAAGUAACAAAUAUUACGACACUUUCCACGAGGAAACAAUUUCUGCAAGUGUGUGUUUUGUUCUGUAUCAUAACUUGCCAAUUGAUAAGAUUUGCUUACAUAAACUGUGGGAGUCUAGGGAUGGGCUAUUUAAGAAACUGUCCAAUAUGGACUUUAAAAAAAUCAUACCAAUGAUACAGACAUUGCAAAAUCUUAUUUUUUAUCAGAACACUCUAUUUUAGUGGCAGUAAAAUUUCUGAGGUUGUGAAAAACUGACAUUACAGUUCUAUUUCUUUUUCUAUUCAGGGCUUUCUAUAAUGGUCAGUCAAGCUUUACCUACCGAGAUCACACACAGACACACACACACACACACACACCACACCCCCACACACACACCACAACCCCCCCACACCACACACACACACCCCCACACCUCCCACACACACACCACACACACACACACUCUUAUAGUCACAUGAUAAGCUUGCCCUCCUCACGGUGACUAACUGCUGGUCAUGGUGAUGCACAUCUGCAGCCUAGCGCUCCAAAGGAUAAAGCAGGCAGGUGACAAGUUCAAGGCCAACUGGAGCCACAAGUGAGAUGAGGAAACAUUAGCUUACAUGCCAAAUGUUAAGUGAUUUUAUUUUGUUAAGUAUAAGAACAUAGGUGUUAGGACUAAAUUUAUUGUUUUUUAAAAUAGAUUUUUUUAUUGUGGUCAGAUAUACAUUGCAUAAAAUUGUCGUUUUAACUAUGGUGAAAAGCAGCUCUUUGGCCCCAGGCAUUCACAUUUUUUGUGCAGCCAUGAGCACAGAGUACUUACAUUUCUAAGAGGGCAUCAUCUACACAGCUGCACUUCCCAGGUUGAGGCCGAUCGGCAGGGAAGGGAAGAGUGGGUUUGAGACUUAGAGCAAGGGUUUAAUUUCAAAGGCAGACUUUCUGCCAAGCACAGCUGUAACUAAGGUAUCUCCCAGAGGAGAGCGUAGAGCCUGAAUGUGAAUACAGCACGCACCGGAAUUAUUUCCUUUUCUACUUCCUCUAUACACAUUCUCUUUCCUGCUCUCAGCUCCAACCCCAGAUAUGUCAGUACGAUUUAUAAGUAUGUUUUACAUGACUUGGAGGUGGUAUAUAUAUUUUUAUAUUAAAUGACCUAUAAGCACAAUUGUACCUUUAGUAAGCCAUUGUGAAAUACCUGGUUGUUGUCUUUUUAAGACUGUGGGAUCUGCUGAACAGAGUCUUUGUCCCAGCAUGCCUCUGCACUCACAGGUUUGUUAUGAGCCUCGAGGAAGUGAGCUGCUGGGGUAUUAGGGCAUUCAGUCUUCUAGACCAAUGGUACAAAACACAGCACGUUUUCUCUAUGUCAAACAUUGUAUAGGGAAUACUCAGUAAUUUGAUGCAUUUGCAUGGGUGAUGCAUGCCACCUUGGCCUCUCAUCAGAAUUUCGUCCAUCCCUUCGUGGACCUGAUUACCCCACAAUAUGUAACUUACGUGUGGACCCAAUAUUGCCAUGCACAAGAGGACAAGUUAACCUACCUCCGAAGGCAGAGAAUAAUUCUUUUUUUCAAGCACUUUAGAAAUCCGAGGGAGAAAACUUAAGAUAUCACUCUGAUACAGACCAGCACAGUAGACAGCUGAAGAGCAUCCCAUGAUGCAUUGCUCCUGUCCGGACACCACCUCACCCACUUACCUUGUGACUUGAUUGAGAGGGGAAGAGCCAAUGCAAGCAGUCGUCAGAAUGUAGUAUUUUUAUAUAAAAUGUUCACAUCAGUUGGGAAAUGUGUGCUGUCACACUGCGUGUGUAGUGAACUCGGCACAGAGGUACUAAAGCACAAGAUUCCACUUAAAGUCAGCUUCAGGGAAACCGGGCAAGCAUCAGCUCCCCACUGCAAGCAGACAUGAAUCUGGACCCUAGGGCCGGGGGUGCCAGCCUUGGGCACACAGCUCCACCGGGUACCACUGUAGCCAUUGUGUUUCUGUAAGCCAUACUGAAAAUUCUCUUAAGCAACUGAUGUAGCUUAAGUGUUGCUCCGUGAAUGGCCUUGGCACUGCUUGUGUGUCCACACCUACGGUUCGAGGCCUUCCUCAUGAGCGUGAUUUGUGUUCAGGUCCCCAGAUUGAACUGGGCCUGCCUUGUUUGUUUUUUUUUUUAGGCUUCCUCAUGGUUUUUGUUUCUGUUUACAUGUUAAGCUCCAUGUGUUAUGAAGUGCAUCACAUCUCUCUACCACAAACACCCUAGUGAAUGGUUUCCACUUUAUUUUUCUAAUCUACAUUUCAAAGGCUAUAUGUGUAAAGUGAAAAUAAAUUUUGAAGAAAAUCUUGUUAGUCUAACAUACAUUGUAAAACUGUCUAGCCUACUUCUAAAUAAAAUAAAUAUUAUGGAAGGUA